GCUGCAGACAUCAACAGACAUCAAGUCUCAUCUCAGGGGAAAUUACAGAAUGGAAACCACAGAGGUUAUCUCAAACGACAAAGCUACAGUAAUCAUCCAAAUAAGUCCACAGGCAGAAUACGGUGUUGUUUAUGUUGAUGGACAGACGAUACAUCACAAUGCAGCUCUUGAAGGAUUUUUCAAAUCACGACCAAAGGCAAUGGGGAUUGUCCAGAUAAUGAUUGGAGUAACGCUCUUCCUACUUGGUGUUUUACUCACCUUCCAUGUCUAUUCUCCCAAUAUUGUUUUCAACAUUGGCAUUACCUACUGGGGAUCUUUCAUUUACAUCACUGCUGGAUCUUUGUCUGUUGCUGCACAGAAUAAACGUCAGCCGUGUUUGGUGAAAGCCUCUCUUGGAAUGAAUGUGUUCAGCGCCGUAACUGCAGGACUAGCUAUUAUUGUGAUGGGUGUACAGUUUGCAAUGUCAUUGCAAUUUAAUGAGCAGGAGUAUUUACGAUCUGAUGGAAUAAUGCUGGUGUUCACCAUUCCUCAGUUCAUCAUCUCUAUAUAUAUCUCAGCAAUUGCCUGCAAAGCCACCUGCAACAUCCAUCCUAUAGUGGUCAAUGUGACUAAACCAGGUGAACGUUUUUGUUGAGAUAAUGCUAUUUUUGGCAUUACAAGCUUGGCAUUUUUAUCACACCAGUCAUUUUAAUUAUUAAAAAAGAAGGGUUGGGUACCGUUCACAUUUUAAGCGGAGCGGGCCUUUACUCUCUGUUUAAUAACAAAACAUUUAUUUCAAUGAAAAAACUCUCAAUUUCAAUGUUUUGAACAAUAGGGCCCUACAAUUUUUGAAAAUUAUUAUGUGUUUUAUUUUUUUUGCUAAUUAAAUAAAGACAUGAAACAUACAUUUUUAAAUAAAACUUAUUUUCUGGCAAACAACCAGAGGUUUACUGUUACAAUAAUAAAUGGUGGAAAAAUUGGAAAAAUGCUUUUGCGGUUAAUGUGGUUGUAAUAGUUAUUUUUAUCCUUUUGUUUUAUUUAAAUUUGACAGUGAAUAGAAUAUGUAAAGACAUACAUUAUAACGUUCAAGCGCAAUACAAGAGUAGGCCUAAUAUAUUUCUGUUAUGUUAAACUGUAAUUUUAUUUUGACAGCUUGCUGUGACGUUUUUGUGUGUCUACAUAGUAUGAUAUAGUGCUAGUUUUUUUUUUUUAGAUGAAACUUAAAAAUGUUCAUGAAGUGACUCACAGCAUCUCUGGUUAAGUUCCAUCGUGCCAUGUGUGCUUCAUUACUUGUAUAGUAAACAAAACCCAUGUUUGUGCCAUUUAUACAUUUCGAGGUUUGAUGGAACAUGCAGGAGUCCUAUCUAAACCAUCUUUUACAUUUUAAUAUCCACAUAUCAUUUCAUUUCAAGAUUCAAAUUAAGUGACAGUCUUAAAACCAUAUGACCCUAGAAAUGUAACCACACUUCAGAACAUUUCAGGACACAUGUUUGCCUGUUUGUUGUGUUUUAAAGAGUUGCAUUUGGUGCAGAUAAUAUCCUGUAAAUAAUAUCCAU